AUGAGAUGCCUCAAGUUGUUUCCAAUAUUACUUGUUAUCAGAUCAUCAUCCAGUCUUCUUCUUCUUUCAAUCCUUCUCCUCCACCUCCGCCUCGUUCUUCUUCUUCUUUCAAUCCUUCUCCUCCACCUCCGCCUCGUUCUUCUUCUUCUUUCAAUCCUUCCCUCCACCUCCGCCUCGUUCUUCUUCUUUCAUUCCUUCUCCUCCACCUCCGCCUCGUUCUACUUCUUCUUUCAAUCCUUCUCCUCCACCUCCGCCUCGUUCUUCUUCUUCUUUCAAUCCUUCUCCUCCACCUCCGCCUCGUUCUUCUUCUUUCCUUUCCUUCGUCUUCUUCCUCCGCCUCCCUCCGUUCUUCUUCUUCUUUCAAUCCUUCUCCUCCACCUCCGCCUCGUUCUUCUUCUUCUUUCAAUCCUUCUCCUCCACCUCCGCCUCGUUCUUCUUCUUCUUUCAAACCUCCGCCUCGUUCUUCUUCUUCUUUCAAAAUUCUCCUCCACCUCCGCCUCGUUCUUCUUCUUUUUCAAUCCUUCUCCUCCACCUCCGCCUCGUUCUUCUUCUUCUUUCAAUCCUUCUCCUCCACCUCCGCCUCGUUCUUCUUCUUCUUUCAAUCCUUCUCCUCCACCUCCGCCUGGUUCUUCUUCUUCUUUCAAUCCUUCUCCUCCACCUCCGCCUGGUUCUUCUUCUUCUUUCAAUCCUUCUCCUCCACCUCCGUCGUUCUUCUUCUUCUUUCAUCCUCCACCUCCGCCUCGUUCUUCUUCUUCUUUCAAUCCUUCUCCUCCACCUCCGCCUCGUUCUUCUUCUUCUUUCAAUCCUUCUCCUCCACCUCCGCCUCGUUCUUCUUCUUCUUUCAUGUUCUUCUUCUUCUUUCAAUCCUUCUCCUCCACCUCCGCCUCGUUCUUCUUCUUCUUUCAUUCCUUCUCCUCCACCUCCGCCUCUUUCUUCUUCUUCUUUCAAUCCUUCUCUCCACCUCCUCCUCACCUUCUCCUCCACCUCCGUUCUUCUUCUUCUUUCAAUCCUUCUCCUCCACCUCCGCCUCGUUCUUCUUCUUCUUUCAUCCUUCUCCUCCACCUCCGCCUGGUUCUUCUUCUUCUUUCAUUCCUUCUCCUCCACCUCCACCUGGUUCUUCUUCUUCUUUCAAUCCUUUCCUCCACCUCCGCCUGUUCUUCUUCUUCUUUCAAUCCUUCUCCUCCACCUCCGCCUCGUUCUUCUUCUUCUUUCAAUCCUUCUCCUCCAGAAUCCUUCUCCUCCACCUCCGCCUCUUCUUCUUUCUUCCUUCCUCCUCCACCUCCUUCCGUUCUUCUUCUUCCAAUCCUUCUCCUCCUCCGCCUUUCUUCUUCUUCUUUCAAUCCUUCUCCUCCACCUCCGUUUUCUCCACCUCCGCCUGGUUCUUCUUCUUCUUUCAAUCCUUCUCCUCCACCUCCGCCUGGUUCUUCUUCUUCUUUCAAUCCUUCUCCUCCACCUCCGCCUUUCUUCUUCUUCUUUCAAUCCUUCUCCUCCACCUCCGAUCUUCAACUUCUCCUCCACCUCCGCCUGGUUCUUCUUCUUCUUUCAAUCCUUCUCCUCCACCUCCGCCUGGUUCUUCUUCUUCUUUCAAUCCUUCUCCUCCACCUCCGCCUGGUUCUUCUUCUUCUUUCAAUCCUUCUCCUCCACCUCCGCCUGGUUCUUCUUCUUCUUUCAAUCCUUCUCCUCCACCUCCGCCUCCUUCUUCUUCUUUCAAUCCUUCUCCUCCACCUCCGCCUUUCUUCUUCUUCUUUCAAUCCUUCUCCUCCACCUCCGCCUGGUUCUUCUUCUUCUUUCAAUCCUUCUCCUCCACCUCCGUUCUUCUUCUUCUUUCAAUCCUUUCCUCCAAUCCUUCUCCUCCACCUCCAAUCCUUCUCCUCCACCUCCGGUUCUUCUUCUUCUUUCAAUCCUUCUCCUCCACCUCCGCCUCGUUCUUCUUCUUCUUUCAAUUCCUUCUCCUCCACCUCCGCCUCGUUCUUCUUCUUCUUCUUUCAAUCCUUCUCCUCCACCUCCGCCUCGUUCUCUUCUUCUUUCAUUCCUUCUCCUCCACCUCCGCCUGGUUCUUCUUCUUCUUUCAUUCCUUCUCCUCCACCUCCGCCUCGUUCUUCUUCUUCUUUCAAUCCUUCUCCUCCACCUCCGCCUCGUUCUUCUUCUUCUUUCAUUCCUUCUCCUCCACCUCCGCCUCGUUCUUCUUCUUCUUUCAAUCCUUCUCCUCCACCUCCGCCUCGUUCUUCUUCUUCUUUCAAUCCUUCUCCUCCACCUCCGCCUCGUUCUUCUUCUUCUUUCAUUCCUUCUCCUCCACCUCCGCCUCGUUCAUUCUUCUUUCAUUCCUUCUCCUCCACCUCCGCCUCCUUCUCCUCCACCUCCGCCUCGUUCUUCUUCUUCUUCUUCUUUCAUUCCUUCUCUUCCUCCUCAUUCUUCUUCUUCUACUUCUUUCCCUCCUUCUUCUCCUCAUCAUUCUUCUUCUUUUUGAAGAUUCAUAUCAGAAUUAUUCUCUCUCUCUCUCUCUCUUUCUCUCUCUCUCUCUCUCUCUCUCUCUCUUUCUCUCUCUUACACACACAUACACAUAUUUAUCUUCCGUUUCAUGUUUUCUUGUAUGCUGAUAUUUACUACUUUUCUCAAUUUAUCUUCUUCACCCCUCCUCUUUCUUCUUCUUCUUCUUCUUCUUCUUCUUCUUCUUCUUCUUCUUCUUCUUCUCUCUUUCCUUCAUCUUCUUCUUCUAAUUCUCUUUUUGCUUCAUCAUCAUUUCUCUUUGUUUAA